UCCGUCAGUUCGAUAAAGAAUGCGUUGCGUUUGCAAAGUAGAUCAUAGUUAGCAUACCAACUGUACAUUUACCCGCAAUACAGUCUUUAGCCGGGCCAACCGCACAGCAUUAUUAUUCUCAUCGGUAGAGAAGGCUGUUCGCGUCCUGCUGAGAACAUGGGCCAAUGGGACAUAUGAAAGAGAAUGUACUGGAUGUACUGCAACACUUUUGAAGUUGCUAAGUAAACUACAGAGCAGUUUCAGGAUGGAUGCUUGCGGCAUAUUGCCCGUGCUGAAGAAGAAGCUGGCUUUCCUGUCAGGAGGCAAAGACAGACGCAGCGGUUUGAUUCUUACCAUCCCACUAUGUACAGAACAGACCAGUAUGGAGGAGUUAAGCACCACUCUGGAUUACCUGCUAUGUAUUCCCAGUGAGAAAUGCAAAGCUCGUGGCUUCACUGUCAUUGUUGAUGGCAGGAAGUCUCAGUGGAAUAUAGUGAAGACGGUUGUUCUGAUGUUGCAGAAUGUGAUUCCAGCUGAGGUUUCUCUCGUGUGUGUAGUGAAACCUGAUGAAUUCUGGGAUAAGAAAGUCACCCAUUUCUGCUUCUGGAAGGAGAAGGACAGGCUUGGCUUUGAGGUGAUUUUGGUGUCUGCCAAUAAACUCACACGCUACAUCGAGCCGUGCCAGCUGACAGACGAGUUCGGUGGGAGUCUGGUUUACGAUCAUUUGGACUGGGUCAACAAAAGAUUGGUAUUUGAAAAAUUUACAAAGGAGUCCACGUCACUGUUGGAUGAACUUACUGUCAUCAAUGAGAAUGAGAAGGGAUGUCAGGCAGAUAAAGAGAGGUCUUCAGAGUGCAACAUUUUGCCUUCAUUUGAUCCUGAAACAGUCCUUCAGACUGGACACGAGUUGCUUUCGGAGCUUCAGCAGAGGCGUUUUAAUGGCUCAGAAGGGGGAGGAGGGGGUACGGCGUGGUCGCCCAUGGAUGAUGAGCUGCUGGCUCAGCCUCAGGUGAUGAAGCUCCUGGACUCUCUAAGGGAGCAGUACACCAAGUACCAGGAAGUUUGCAGACAGCGUAGCAAACGCUCCCAGCUGGAGGAAAUCCAGACCAAGGUCAUGCAGGUUGUGAAUUGGUUGGAGGGUCCUGGCACAGAUCAGCUCCGUACACAGUGGGGUAUUGGAGACUCCAUUCGCGCCUCGCAGGCCCUGCAGCAGAAACACGAAGAGAUUGAAAGUCAACACAGUGAGUGGUUUGCUGUCUACGUGGAGCUCAACCAGCAGAUCGCAGCGCUCCUGAGCGCAGGAGAUGAAGAGGACCUGAUGGAGCUCAAGGCUCUUCAACAGCAGCUCAGUGAUGUCUGUUACCGACAGGCCAGCCAGUUAGAGUUCAGACAGAACGUCUUGCAGUCUGCACACGAGUUUCAUCUGACGGCACAGGAUUUGUCUCAGCAGUUAGAUGGGCUGUUGGGAAUGCUCUGCGCAGAUGUCGCCCCUGCAGAUGGAGCUGCAAUCCAGCAAACUCUAAAACAUCUGGAGGAGAAACUGAAGAGCGUAGAGGGUGCCUUGCAAAACCUGAGAGAAAAAGGCCAAGUCCUGCUUGACCAAAUGUCUACCCAGACCCCCUUUUCAUACGGGAAGGAUGUAAAUAUUGAGAACAAAGAUAAUAUCGAGCACAUUCACAGCGUGAUGGAGGACAUGCAGCUACGCAAACAGAGGUGUGAGGAUAUGGUUGAUGUCAGGAGACUAAAGAUGCUGCAGAUGGUUCAGCUGUUCAAGUGCGAGGAGGACGCUUCACAGGCAGUGGAGUGGUUAGGAGAGCUACUCGAUGCUCUUUUGAAGACUCACAUCCGACUGGGUGAUGAUUCACAGGAAACCAAAGUGUUGCUGGAGAAACACAAGAAGUUUGUGGAUGUUGCUCAGAGCACCUAUGAUUACGGUAGGCAGCUGUUACAGGCGACAGUGGUGCUGUGUCAGUCUCUGCGCUGUACCACACGUUCAUCAGGAGACACGCUGCCCCGACUCAACCGCGUGUGGAAACAGUUCACGGUCACGUCUGAUGAGAGACAACACAGGUUGGAAAUGGCCGGUGCCUUCCAUACCGCAGCUGAAAAGGUUCUGAGAGAGAGCCCUGAAUUAGCUGAGAUGAUGGUGGAUGUGGAGGCAUAUGAAGAGUUGGAUACAAUGGGAAAAGCUCUGCUGGAUAGACUUACUGUGCCAGUUAUUUUCCCUGAUGGGAGCGAGCAAUUCUUCGGCAGCCCGGGUGACAUGGCAUCCUCUGCAGAAAGCAUUCGUGACCGGAUGAAACUGGUGGAAGAAAAGAGAUUCCUACAGGAAGAGGCGGACCAACGGCUGGAUGAUGAGGCUCUGGAGGCGGGGCCUAGGGAAACUUGAGAACGUGGUACCCUUCACGGCUUCUUGCAGUAAACAGUUUGGCAGCACGGCGCGUGAUCCUCACGUGCCGGUUUAAAACCAUCUCUGUUGUAUUCCAACUCGUCGCACCAUCUAAACUUACCGAGCGCAGUUAAAGAUAGACACCCGCAGGCUCCCGUUGCAUUGCUCGUGUGGACGGCUGAACUCUAAAGCGAGCGUGUUACUUUGAACUCUCACCUCCCUAUGAAGCUUUACUUUACCUGUCGCCUUGCUCGUCCAUCGGUGAGACACCCAGAGCUUGUAAUGGUGCUACUGAACCUAUAGAAUGUACAUAAACCGGCUCCUAUACCCCUAUUGGUAACAGGUGCUCGAAAUUUUUAUGCCUUUCAUGAUUGACAGAAAGCAAUGUAUUUUAUAUUUCUGCUUUCUGUCGACCAAACCUUUUGCCAAUAUUAAAGUCUGACAGACGGUAUGAGAAGAUGCCAUGAAGACUAUUGUAGUUCAAGCUAAAAGGUACAAAACACGAGCAGAGCUUUAUAAUCCAAUGUUGUUUUGACAGUGAAAUUGUUUCAUCUCAUAAAUUGUCAUUAUGCGUACGCUGCUUGCAUAUAGAUGCAUGUUUAAAAAUGUUAAUGCUAUAUUUAUUUUAUUUUCCUUUUUUACCUUUGCCAUUUAAAUUGUAUAAUGCUUUUUGCCAUUUUAAAGGCUAUAGUGUAUUUUAUGAAAAAAGUUGUAUAAAAUAAAUGAACAAACAUCGCUUGGGAGAUGACAGGAGAUGGGAGGUUGUUUCUUUUAAUACACCAUUAAUUUAGCAGUCAUUACUGUUUACAGGACUCUAUGUAUGCUUCGCAUAAACCUGCCUCGUAUAAUUCAGUGCCGUACAGGACGAUUCAAGCACCCAUUCAAUAAAAACAGGAAAUAUUGUUUCAUGA